AUGAAGAAUAAUUCUCAACUUAGCUCUUCUGUCUUCCUCUUUCUUCUAAUUUUCUCGUUUUCUGUUUCAUGGGCAACCUUGUUAUCUUCCCCAGGCUCCGGAAAUCUCAUAAGCUGCCUACAGUCCCACUCCAACAAUGUCAGUACCAUCUCUCAACUCAUUUUCACCCCUGUCAAUGCUUCUUUCCUACCCAUUUGGCAAGUCGCUGUUCAAAACACCAGGUUCCUUAAGCCCUCCACGCCUAGACCAUCAGUCAUCGUGACACCUGUGGAGGAAACCCUUAUACAAACGUCUCUAUACUGUGCCAAGAAACACGGAUAUGAGAUCAGGAUCAGGAGUGGGGGCCAUGACUGGGAGGGCCUCUCAUACACUGCUGAUGUUCCCUUUGUUAUGCUUGAUUUCACCAACAUGAGGUCUAUAGACGUGGACGUAGCAAAAAGGACUGCUUGGGUCCAAGCAGGCGCUACGCUUGGUGAACUCUACUACAAAAUUUCGCGAGAGACCGAUACCUUGUAUUUCCCGGCAGGUGUUUGCCCAACGGUGGGUGUUGGUGGUUACAUGGGCGGUGGUGGCUACGGAAACCUGUUGAGGAAAUUCGGUACUGCUGCCGAUAAUGUUCUGGAUGCUCGCUUCAUGGAUGUUGAUGGGAAUAUUCUCGACAGGAAAUCAAUGGGAGAAGAUUUGUUUUGGGCGAUCCGAGGAGGUGGUUCUUCAAGUUUCGGAAUUGUUCUUGCAUGGAAGCUGAGCUUGGUUCCAGUUCCAAAAAAAGUAACCGUCUUUAUACUGAAUAAAACUUUGGAACAAGGGGCAACCGAAAUCUUCCAUAAAUAUCAAUACGUUGCACCAUAUAUUGAUAGAAACUUGCACAUAAGAACUCAAGUUUUCGCCGAAUAUAUCGGCAACACUACCAAGAAAACCAUAAGAAUUAUGUUUGAAGGAAUAUAUCAGGGGACAAGAGACACAUUGCUUCCGUUGCUUGAUAGAAAAUUUCCAGGGCUCGGUGUUACCCGAGAGAUUUGUGAAGAAAUUAAAAUGGUCCAGUCGACCCUUGUGUUUUGGGGCUUGCCAAGCUCCACCCCGACUCAAAUUCUUACGAACCGAUCUGCCAUUGCCAAGCUGAACAACAAAAGCAAAUCAGAUUAUGUCCGGACACCCAUCCCCGUAAGUGGGCUCAGAAAGAUAUGGAGAAAGCUUAUCCAAAACGAUGAAUCAGCGCUUCUGAUGAUCAAUCCAUUUGGCGGAAGGAUGGCUGAUUUUUCAGAGACAGCACUUCCAUAUCCUCAUAGAGCGGGCGUGUUGUUACAAAUUCUCAAGACUGUCAAUUUUAACGGUCAACCUUCAGACACAACCCCUACAUCCCUAAAGAGGGUAGCUUGGCUGCGAAGCUUGGAUGCAUUAUUGGCUCCUUAUGUAUCGAACAACCCCAGAGAGGCAUAUUCCAACUACAAUGAUCUGGAUUUGGGUGUUGGAAGUUCUAAUUAUGAAGAAGCAAGUGUUUGGGGUGAGAGAUACUGGAAGAGGGACAACUUCAUGAAGUUGAUUCGAAUUAAGGCAAAAGUUGAUCCGCACAAUUUCUUUAGGCGUCCACAAAGUAUCCCUGUUUUCUAACACCUUGAUCAGCUCUCUCCGUUAUGUGAAACUCCGAGAAAGAACCAAAACAUGCCUUUUAUUAUUUUAUUUUAUUUUUUCAUGAAAUACUAGCAACAAUGCUACUUUCUGUCGGGUUCUUUUCCUAUAAAUGA